UACCAAAAUAGCGCACGAAAAGGUUGAGAACAAAUCAGCAAACCGUGAAAUUAGUGCCGUUUUGGAAGCAGCUACUUGGUACCUUUGCAUAACAAAUCCAAAACAUUGUUUGUUGUUUCAAGAUGGCGCCAGUUGCUCAGUUUGAACCAAGAGGUGGUGGCAUGACUGCAAAUGGAGAAAAUGUGCUAAUAUUUGAUUGCUCUAAGAAAGAAAAUUUUAAUCCUAACAAUGGCUUUAAGUCCUGGAGUCGUAAAUUACGUAAUAGUUGGAAAAUAAUUAUAAAUAAGGACGAAAUCACAAAAGAAAAGUUAUCUCUUGCAAAAAUAUUGAUUUUAGCAGCACCAAGAGAAAAGUUUAAAGUAUCAGAGUUUGAGGCAAUCAAGCACUUUUUAAGCAGCGGUGGAAGUGUCCUUGUCAUGUCUGGUGAAGGUGGCGAACAAAAUAUGAAAACUAACAUUAAUUUUUUAUUAGAAGAGUACGGAAUCAUGGUCAAUUCUGAUUCUGUAGUUCGAACAAGUUACUAUAAAUAUUUCCAUCCUAAGGAAGCAUUAAUUCCAAAUGGAGUACUAAACAGGGCAAUCAACCAAGCUGCAGGGAAAAAAGUACCAAGUGGGACAGCAUCUGAUACCGAUGUCACGCAUGCGCAGGCUUGCGUCAGCUUCAUCUAUCCAUAUGGUGCUACGCUAGCAGUUGAUAAAGGAGCAUCACCUGUGUUGUCAACUGGAAGUGUUUGCUUCCCUCUUUUUCGUCCAAUCUGUGCUUUCCAUUACGUUAAGCAAUCAAAAGGAAAACUGUGUGUCAUUGGAUCGCAACAUAUCUUUUCCGAUCAAUAUAUCGAUAAAGAAGAAAAUAGUAAAGUCCAGGAUGUUUUAAUAAAAUGGUUGUCGACUGAUGACAUCAAAUUAAAUACUAUCGAUGCUGACGAUCCUGAGAUCAACGAUUAUCACCAAAUUCCAGAUACCCUUUCAUUGAGCGAUCGUCUUCGUGUUUGCUUACAGGAAGGAGAAGAAAUUCCAACCGAUUUCACACAAUGUUUUCACGAAGAUUUAUACAAUCUAGAUACUGGAAUGCUACCAGCAACUUUACGGACGUUCAACGAAUUAAAGGUGAAACACGAAACGUUGUCAUUAAUCACACCUCAAUUUGAAACACCGUUACCGCCUUUAGAACCAUCAGUCUUCCCUCCACAGUUUCGUGAACUUCCUGGACCAGCGUUGGAUCUAUUUGACCUUGAUGAAUCCUUCUCAUCUGAGCGCGCUCGAAUGGCGCAACUGACAAAUAAAUGUACAGACGAAGAUCUGGAAUACUACGUGAGAGAAUGUGGUGAUAUAUUAGGCGUGCUGAACAAGUUACCUGUGGAGUCACGUGAUGCUAAGCAUAUUUUAGAACAUGUAUUUGCGCAGGUGGUCGAGUUUAAGAAGUUGAACCAAGAUGGAGAAGUGAAUGGAGAAAUGGAUCAUGAUGUUCAAUUUUGAAACAUCUCUCAUGACGUUUUUUCAAACAAAGAUCGUACAAUAUUGAACAAAGCACAAGAUACCACGUGUGAGCAAAAACGAAAAUCUUAAGCCGUAAAAAAAUUGUUUUACGCAUGACAAUUUGUCUGUGCACAAUCUAAGCUAUACAAGAUCAUUAUGGCCAUUUUAGUAGCAGUUCUAGUUUUUAUUAAAUCCAUUUGUAGAUGUAUUUAAAUUACGUGUAAAUAUUGCAAAUAAAUAAAUAACUUCCAUAAA